AUGCGGGUCACAAUCAAGGAGUGGAAUGCCGUGGCGGCAUGGCGGUGGGACAUGCCCGACGACGACGUCUGCGGUAUUUGCCGCAAUCCCUACGACAGCACUUGCUCCAAAUGCAAGUUCCCCGGCGACGAGUGUCCACUUUUGCUCGGCGAAUGCAAUCACUCAUUCCACAUGCACUGCAUCUUCUCCUGGCUUCGGCAAGAAAGCUCGCAAGAGAAGUGUCCUAUGUGUCGGCAACCUUUUAAGAGCAAAAGCCAGGAUGCCAUCGCAGCCGGUGCGCAA